AUUGCUUCUCAUCAGUUGAUUUUUGAAUUUUGUCGCGAUCAAAUCGGAUUUUCGAGACGCUCUCGACGAUUCUUUUUUUGGAGAUUAUUUUUCAUUUAGUUUUUUUUUCACAGUUUAUUUUAGUCACAUCUUAAUUUUUUUUAUAUUAAGUGAUCAUGUCAAAGAUAUCGCUGGUGAACUUAUGUUUGUAUUUUAUAGUGUUCAUUACACAAGUUUACACAUGCCCUGAGAAAAAUGGGAGGUUUACUGUUGGCAAUAGUUGCGAUAAAUAUCUAGAAUGUGUUGAUGGAGUUGGAGAAGAGAAGCAAUGUCCUGAUGGAUUAAGAUUCAAUGAUAAAGCAAGUUUAUUCACAUAUCCAUGUCAAUAUCCAAUUGACGUCGAUUGCGGUGCACGAUCAUUACUUCAACCUGCCAAUCCCUCCGAAGAUUGCCCACAUCAAUUCGGAUACUUCAGAAUGGGAAUUAACAAUGCAGAAUGUAAUCAAUUCUUAAACUGUGUCGAUGGACGUGGAUAUAUCUUUGAGUGCCCUGAAGGUUUGGCAUUCAACCCUGAAACAUAUCAUUGUGAUUGGCCUGAUGUAGUUGAUGACUGUGAUGCUGCUUCAUAUCUUGGAUUUGCAUGCCCUGUCGAUCCAAAAGUUGAAGGUCUUGGAUUACAAGAAUAUCGAUUCUAUCAAAAACCAAAUGACUGUCAGAGAUACUUCUUAUGUGUUAAUGGAAAUCCUCGACUAUACAACUGUGGUGAAGGAAAUUAUUUCGAUAGUAGUUUGAGAACGUGUACAAAUGAGACAACAACUUGCGUAUAAUAAGUUAUGCAUUUAUAUAUAUUUUUUUCAUUCGAGGAUUGUCUUAAAACACGACAUAAUUAUUGCUCAAUCAAAGUGAGAAACGAUUGCGUUUUAUUUUAAAAUUAUCUUGUAUAAAAAAAUAUAUUCAUAAAACAGCACAAAACUGUAAAUACUUAAAUAAUUUACGCAAAUUAAAAA